AUGGCCGGUUACAACGGACGCCGGGCACCCAAUGUGUCACAGUACCUCGAUGACCUGAACACCAUUCCCUCGGCCUACGACCAGGCCCUGCAGCAACAGCAGCAGAACUCGUUCAACGUCGAUGAGGAACUAGCCCUGUUCACCAACACCGAGUUCUUCGAUUUCGACAAGUUUACCGAUCUGUCGCUGCCUUCUUUCGACGUGGAAAAUGAUAAGACACAUGCCGAAUCCCUCUCCGACCACUCCCCGCAGAGUGCGGAUAUGAAGUUCUUGGAUUUCUUGAAUGAUGGUUUGGGUAACAUGCCCGAGUACCAGCCUCACUUCAACAAUGCCAAUGCUCCGUCGGUGCCUAUGCCCAACGCCUCAUUUUCGGUGCCGUCCGUUCCCAAUGGGUCGGUGGGUACCAGCCAGGCUGCGGUUUCGGCUGCCCCCAUGGCCCCGCCUCAGAGUGUGGCACCCGCUCCUGCUGCGAACGAUCACGCGCCGGCGUCGGCCGGCCCCAAGCGCAAGCAUACGCAGAAGUCCACCCAGGCAAGCGCUGAAGAGGCUUCAUUUUUGGCUGCCGAUGAGGACAAGCGCCGUCGCAACACGGCCGCUAGUGCUCGGUUCCGAGUGAAGAAGAAGCAGCGCGAGCAGGCCCUGGAGCGCACGGUCAAGGAGACCACAGAGAAGAAUGACGCCCUGGAAGCUAGGGUGUCCCAGUUGGAGCUGGAGAACCACUGGCUACGGGGGUUGAUCAUGGAAAAGAACGGCACAUCUGAGGGCGAUGAGCAGUCAGAGAAGGACAUCUCUGACAUGUUCAAGAAGUUCCUCGCCGCCCAGAAGGCCGAGUCAAGUCUUUCCGCGUCGAAGCGCGGAGUGGAACUGCGUAAGGCCCCAAAAGAGAAAAAAGAAGAAGAAAAAAAAAAGGAUCAAAACCAUUAA